AUGUGGUUGGAGGAGGUGAGGGGGAGGGAGCGGGGGGAGCUGCGCGCGCGGCAGUUCGAGGCCAACUCCCGGGCGCGCCGCGCGGCCUCGCUCGCGCUCUCCAACCGCAAGGAGUUCGCCACCCCGCACCACGGCGCCGUCAACUCGCUCCAGGUUGAUUUGACAGAGGGGAGGUACCUCCUCUCCGGGGCAUCGGAUGGGUCGGCCGCUGUGUUCGAUGUGUGGAACGCGACGGAAUACGAAGCCGGGUUCAUAGCGAAGCACAGGAACAUACUGCUUGUGGACAAGCAACACCAGAAUGGCCACAGGUUCGCCGUCUCGGCGGCCGUUUGGUAUCCUGUGGAUACUGGGUUGUUUGUCACAGCAUCCUUUGACCAGUUGUCAUGGAAUUUAAGAUGCCUGGAAAAGUGUACACUGCAGCCAUGUCUCCAGUCGCACAACGCACAUGCUCAUCGCUACUGGGACCGCAGAUGUUCAGAUGGUAUCAUGUCUUUGGAGUGGUCUGCCUCAAGUGAGUGGAUUUUGAUGAGUGGUGGCUGUGAUGGGGCAAUACGUUUUUGGGACAUUAGACGAGCUGGAUGCUUUCGGGUUCUGGAUCAAUCAUGGUCUCAACUUGGAAAGAGGCCUCCUCUUGUUAAAAGUGCUGUGGAGAAUGAUCACACAGAUUCCUUAGGACCUUCACCUUCCACAAGGAACUCAGCUCAGAAAAGGGCAGGCAUUUCUAAGAAGAGCUCACCGGCUUUGUGCAAAAUUCAAAACCUAACACAUGGACAGAUGCAACAGAGAUUGCAUCCAGGUUUGUCAUCCAGUCAAAACCGUGCUACAGCUCAUUAUGGUGCUGUUACUGGAUUACGAACAACUACAGAUGGGAUGUACCUUCUUAGCUCAGGAUCUGAUUCUCGUUUAAAACUCUGGGAUAUCGAUUCAGGCUGCAAUACUCUGGUCAAUUUUGAAGCUAUGCGAUUGCAGACAGGCAAGCCAUUACAAUUAGCUGUCACUGAGGAUCCUUCACUUGUAUUUGUUCCAUGUAUGGCAAGCAUCAAGGCAUACAAUUUAUGGUCUGGUACAACAUUUCAAACAUUCCGAGGGCACUAUGAACUUGUGAAUUGCUGCUACUAUAGUGAACGGGACCAAGAACUUUAUACUGGCGGCAACGACAGGCAAAUUCUUGUGUGGUCUCCAUCAACUCCAGCUUUUACUGAAAUGGAAGAUGAUGACAAGACCCUUUCAGGAGCUGAUGAGGAUAACUGGAGCGACUAA